UAUUUCUAAAUUUAAAUCUCAGUAGUAGAUAAGUUAAAAUUCUCUGUGAUUUGUUUAGUAGAUACGAACGUAUUUGUAAAUUCAUAGUAAAAUGGAAUUAGAGCGAGAGGAAUCUUUUGAUGAUGCUUUCAGCGACAUAAAUGAUGCGAAUGAGGCAGAACCUAAUAAAUCUGAUAGUCAGCUAACUCUUAAGUAUGUUCGGAGUCAGGAAUCUCUCAAAAGGUUUAGAAAAAAGUAUACCUCUACUGAUCUAAACUCAGACGCCAUCCACUUUGAACUGUUGGUAGAGAAAGGUCUAAUUGAUGAAGAUGAUGAGAGCCCAGGAGGACACAAAGUGGGCGACCAUUUAAGAUCGAUGGAUGGCGGAGCCAUUGCCGAAAUUGUGAAGGAAAUGCGAAAUGAGUUCAUGACCAGUUUAAGCUCGAAGGCCAAAAAUCUCCAAGAAAUUCUUAUAAAGAAUGGCAUAAUGGAUCAUCCAAUAAAUGAAAGCGUGCGUUUGGAUGAUUCUGGGGAGACCCACUUUAUUAGGGUCUCGAAGGAGAAUCAGUUAAAGGAGAAUAGAUUGCCAAAAGAUUCUACUCGAGUGCUUUCUAUAAAGGACACGACUUAUCCUUUAAUUAAAGGACAUGCUCAUCUCGUUGAUCGAAAGACUAUGAUAGAAGACUCGCGCUCCAUUAUUACGGUAAAGCCGGAUUCUUCAGGACUUAAUUCUAAUGUUAACACUGGUUAUGAACAUAGUGCCCUUCAGGCCACGGACAGUAGGCUGUCUGAAAUGAACAAAUUCACUGAAUUUUCUAUUAACCGGGAAAACGAGAUGAUGCAGUGGAUCGACGAAAUCAAUUUAUUUACAAGUGAAAUGGAAAGAGACCCGGAAAACGUAAACUGGGGUCUGUUUCGGGCCAACUUGAUUAAGAUGCACAAGCAUUAUGUCACUCACGAACCAAAAAGUUUCAGCGCAUUUCUAGAGCCACAUAGCGAAAUUCCAUCUGUCGGUCUUACAGCUGACUUCGGAGGAUCUUUGAAGGAUCUAGGCAGUCGGGUUGAAUGUAUAAGAAGCAACAUCCAAGGACUUGAAUGUAAAAUACUUACUUUGGAUCACUGCUUUGAAAGAUUUUGCGCUAAGCUAAGCCGCAGCUCUAUUGCAAAGGGCAGGGUGGACCGAGACUUAAAGAUACUAGCUAUGUUGCGUGAGAGAAUCGACCGAAGGUUAAGUCAAAUGGAAAUAGACUUCUGUAAGACCAAGAAGCAAUUAAUCUGUCAGGAGCAACCUGGACGUCUAGUCGUUGAUAGUUUUAGCUUAUCGAAGGAGCUAGUUUUGGCUCCCACACUUGAUUAAAUAGGAAGUCAUAAUGUCAAAAAGCAAAUUCGGUUAUUUAAUGUAAAAAGUAUAAUCUGUUGCCAAAACGUUUUCAAUUUUUUACUUGGUAUAGGAUACAUUUCAAUACAUUUUCUUCCAUUCUUAA